AUGUUCUGUAAUGUAAAAAUUUCAGAGAUAGGUGAAUCAUGCCCAACGAAGAGAAGGGCGAGGAGAAAUCGCCAACUCCUCCUUUGAAUGCCAAAGGGCUUUUUGAGACAUACGAGAAAGACGGGAAAAGGAUCACCGAAAUUCUAAGAUUCAAUGCAGUCGAAGUUUUCUUUGCUGGUUUUCUGCCACCAGUGGUGGGUUCGGUUUCUGCCAUCGCCAUUGCUCUGAUAUUCCACAACGACGAAAUUAGUAAUUAUAACUGGCAAUGCGGUCGCGCUCGCUUACCUUCGCUCUCGAGAAUCAUCAAUCUUUCCGUUGAGAGAACCUUUUGGCAACUUUUCAUCCUCUUCCACGUACCCAUACGAGUAAUAGAACUCAUUACAGGCUUUUCUCGAUACAAAAGGCUGCGCAACAUCCAUUACAAGCACACAUGGCUCUACGAAAUCUCGCGAUACAUCUACUUUUACAUCGGAUUGGCUGAGCUGCUCUUUCUUGCAGCUUUAUCAAUUAUCGGAGAAAGAGAGAAUAUUCAGCUGCACGUGAUUUUCUUCUACAUCUUUGGCAUCUGCGGGAUCGGGCAUAUGAUUUCCAACAUAUUCUGUCACGCUCACUCACUCUACUACAUAAAUCCAUAUGGCCGCACAUCGUAUUAUCUGAAAAUUCUCUUCACGUCGCUCUACUUAUUGUCAGCGCCUAUUCUGGUAGGAUCAUUUAUGCUGUACUGGAAGAAAUGCAUCACUUGGGGCUACGAUGUGUUUGCCGUGUGCGAGUACUGCGGAGUCUUUUUGAAUAUCUGCUUCCAUGGCUGUGCUUUCUUUGACAUUCGCUACAAAGUUUGCUUUAGUGUUCGCCACGUUGAAUCGGUGAAAGACAAGAGCAAAAAAGAGGAAGAUUCGAAAAAAGCAAGUCCUGACAUCGAGUUGAAGAACCGUGGACAUGGCUAGAAGCUUCCGGCAUUCCCCAUCUGAUGGAGUCGUAAGAUGAAGAAAUUUUAUUUAUUGAUUUUUCGCUAGACAGUUUUUGUUUGAGACGCUCUCAAUCUGUUUGUAUAUACUGGAAAAUAAAGCAUGUAUUGUGGCAUAUAGAUAAAUGCACUAGAUUUAUCGCGUAUCUAAGAGAACUCUUACAAUUGUAAUUUUAUCUCAGUCUGCUUCAACCGUCGAUGUGGGCGACCAUGUUUUGUUUAUUAUACCAUUUAGAGGUUACAGUCCUCUAGUAGACAUGUAGGUGGGAUAAUUACAGCAAUCCUUUCGUGAUGUAGUCAUCCUUUCUAUAGAAUAAAUAUCUUUGAC